GUCCAGGCUGUAAGGGGAGCAGUAGGUCUUGGAGCUCCAAUGCCAGUGGACAUGCAGCCACACCAGGGGCUGUAUUACUAUGAGACGUCACCCAACCAGCCCUCCAGAGGCCUCAUCCCAUCAGACCAGUCUCCCUACAGUGAUGUGUCGUCAGUGCGAGCCCCUCUCCUCGAUGGUCCCCCCCCGGACUGCCACAGCAUGUAUAACUCCAUGACUCCCAACAUCUCUCACGGAUCAGGCCAGGGGAACGGCCACUGCUUGGAUCAAUACAUGAGGCCCCCCCAGGCCCCUCCACCGCACUGUAUGAUGGGCCACAGGGGGAUGCCACCCACAGACGGUGGCAAUGGCGCCCCCUACUGCAACCAAAACAACAUUGUUUCAUCGCAUCACAACUUCUGCCAGAUUCAGCCGGGCUCUGAUCAGAUCGGGUCAGGCGAUGGCUCAAGGUUCUCCACUCCUCGCUCCAUGCUGAAACUGAGCAAGAAGAGAGCGCUGUCCAUUUCUCCUCUGUCUGAUGCCAGCGUGGACCUGCAGACAGUCAUCCGGACCUCACCCAACUCCUUAGUGGCCUUUGUCAAUUCUCGCUGUAACCCCAACGGUGCCAGCUCCUACGGCCAUCUCUCUGUGAGCGCCAUGAGUCCUUCUCUGAGUUACGGCAACAACAUAAACUGCCAGUCGAGACAACAAGGCUCCCUGUACGGAGGGAACGGGGGGACGCCGCUGAGUGGUCAUACGCCGGGUCCGUGCCAAGCCUCACGUUUGCCUCCCCACAAUCCUCGACUCCACGCUCCACCCAAGCAUGGACACCUGAAGACAGAGCCCGGGCUGGGAGGUGUGAUGGAAGGCAUGAACGUGAAGACGCUGGAGGAGAGGUCAGAGGGCGACGUCGCCAGCCCUUCUUCUACUGGCACUCAGGACCCUCUUCUGGGGUUACUGGAUGGCAGAGAUGACUUGGACAAGGAGGAUGGGAAGCCGGAGCCAGAGGCCGUCUAUGAGACAAACUGUCGCUGGGAGAGCUGCAACAAGGAAUUUGACACACAAGACCAGCUAGUUCAUCAUAUCAACAAUGAACACAUCCAUGGAGAGAAGAAGGAGUUUGUGUGUCACUGGCAGGAGUGCUCUCGAGAGCAGAGGCCGUUCAAAGCCCAGUACAUGCUGGUGGUUCACAUGCGCAGACACACGGGAGAGAAGCCUCACAAGUGCACUUUUGAAGGCUGCAACAAGGCAUACUCUCGCCUGGAGAAUCUCAAGACCCACUUGCGCUCUCACACCGGAGAGAAGCCAUACGUGUGUGAACAUGAGGGCUGCAACAAAGCCUUCUCCAACGCUUCAGACCGGGCUAAGCAUCAGAACCGAACUCAUUCUAAUGAGAAACCAUACGUCUGUAAGAUCCCCGGUUGCACCAAGCGAUACACAGACCCGAGCUCUCUGCGGAAACAUGUGAAGACCGUACACGGUCCUGAGGCCCACAUCACUAAAAAGCAUCGUGGAGACACCGGCCCCCGACCCCAUGGAGCAGCCAUGACCGCUGGAGCCCCAACUUCCGAGCUGCUGCUGGAGAAAGAGGAGACGCGCAGAGAAGAUUGCAAACUCUUGGCCCCAGAAACAACUCUUAAAUCCCAGCCAAGUCCUGGUGGUCAAUCAUCCUGCAGUAGUGAACGUUCUCCUCUGGGAAGUACCAACAACAAUGACAGCGGUGUCGAGAUGAACAUAAACGCAGCUGGAAGCUUGGAGGACCUCACACUAUUGGAGGAUGGAGGCACAGGAGCAGGUGGAGAGCCUGGGACAAUGGGAAUGUCAGCACAGGCAUUGAAGAGGCUGGAGAACCUGAAGAUUGACAAGCUGAAGCAAAUUCGCCGGCCUACUCCUCCAGGUCGCUGUGCAAGCAACAAACUGCCUGCAAUUUCUGGUUCAGCAGAAAACAUGGGGAUGUGUGCACCUUCUCUGCUGCUGUCAAAUCGUCGCGUUAUGGAGCUCUCCAACCAUGAACUUGGAGGAGGAAUGACUGCUUGCUCCACUAACGACAGAAGAGGAAGUGGCACCAGCAGCCUGAGCUCCGCCUACACCGUGAGCCGCCGUUCCUCGAUGGUAUCUCCGUACCUGUCCAGUCGCCGCUCCAGUGACGUGUCACAAAUUGGCGGAACAGCGGGAGGAAGUUGUCACCUCCUGAGCCCAGAAGAAUCCGGAUCCGACCCUCUUUCUCCUGAAACCAGUCGGAGAGGAGGUCCGUGUACCGGUGGAGGAGGGCUACCGAGUCUACCAAAUUUAACGCCUGCUCAGCAGUACAGCCUAAAGGCCAAAUAUGCCGCAGCCACGGGAGGCCCACCACCCACUCCUUUACCUAAUAUGGAGCAACCUGCUACUCCAGGCAGAAGAGGGGGCAUUUUGAGCGAAUACCAUGGGCAGCCCCUGCCUCCUUUUCUGCAGCAAGUUGGGCCCCGCAGACAUAGUGCCAAUACAGAAUACGGCACUGGCAUUAUCUAUCCUCAUCAGGCUCCAGGCAACAACACCAGACGAGCCAGUGACCCGGUCCGAUCAGCAGCAGAUCCACAAGCUCUUCCCAAACGCUUCAACAGCCUCAGCAACGUUGCCAUGAUGGGCCGGAGAAAUGCAAUGCAACACCGUGGCUCGGACACCAGCCUUGCUCGCCAUUUGUACUCCCCUCGACCCCCAAGCAUCACCGAGAAUGUCAUGAUGGAAGCGAUGGGUAUGGACCCCCACCUUACCCCUCUUGAUUCCAGGGAGCGUUCCGUGAUGAUUAGUCCUGGGGAGAGAAACUUCAUGGGCUACCAGCAACAGAAUCAAACCAUUGGAAGUGGAGGUCCUAUUUCCAAUCAGCUAUCUCCAAGCCACGACUCUCUGAGCUGCCCGGAUGCAGGAAACAUGCAGCGGCACUUCCCGGGACAGGGAGGGGAUGUUCCUUCCAGGGCUGGUGUAAAUACAACGGGACAGAGAAGGGCUUCUCAACCAGAGGGCAUGUCAAAUGCCCUUCUCCAGCAAGCUGAGUACGGAAUGAGCACCUGCCAGCUAAGUCCAUCAGGUCCUAAUUACCCCAACGUAGGCCAGGUAGGUGACACUGGAGGCCACUGGAACGAUGCACAAAAUCAAGUCCAACCUCCCAACUAUGCCUUUCAGAACCAGCAGACAAUGUCGUAUUCAGACCCCAGUGUGCAACCUCAACAAGCCCAGGCUCACUUCAACAACCAGACAGCCAUGUACAACAACUCUCACGGAGCACAAAAACUCAACAUAAAGCCCGAGCAGCAGUUCCACCCCGGGAUGGGUGUCGGAGAUGCCUGUCAAAAUGCUAAACUCCAACAGCAACGAAUGCUCCUGCAGCAGACACAAGGUUACCAACAGCAGACAGGUCCAGCAAUGAUGAGAGGCUCUGGCAAUGCCAGCUGUGACUUUCAAGGGCCAAACCAAAACUCCUUUCCCAGUGGAGGAGGGCUGAACCUACGCUGCACUGGUUCUGCACUAGCUGAUGGCCAGAGGUCAGAAACCCCAAUGAUGCAGGUGAAGGAGAUGAUGGUGAGGAAUUAUGUGCAGUCCCAGCAAGCUCUCAUGUGGGAGCAACAAGCACAGCAGCAGCACAGCGGAAUGAAACCAGCUGCUUGUUCUGACAACGUGGGCCUAGGUGUUCAGCCAGCAAUGAUGCAACAGAGUCCACAGCAACAGGACCAGAACUUUUUCUCCAGCCAGACAUAUCACUCGUAUCCCAACCAAAACCUGCACAUGAGUCCUGCGUCACACAGAGGAGCCAGUUCAGCUACACCUAAAGAUCCACAGCUGACAGGUCUGCAAGGUUCAUGCUACAGUCAAGAGAUGGUUGUUCCUAGACCCCCCCAGGGGAGAAAACCUAUGAGUCGCCAGAACAGCCUGUCGCAGGCAGGAGGAGUUUAUCUCGACAGUCCACCCCACCUCAGCCCAGUCCACUCCACUUCCAGCCCAAGAAGAGGGGUUCGACUCCCUCCAGUGCAGCACCCCCAGCACCCUCAAAACGAAAUGUUCUCUCCCUCCAACAACAACAACAACAACAUGUUCUACUCGAGUCAGAUGAACAUGGACAUUGAGAAACACAUGGAUCCCCAGAACGGGCCUUGCCUUAACCAGCAGCGCAAUGUGGAUCCAACAGGUGACACAAAGUCUCUGUCGUUGACUCCCUAUCCAGUGACAAGCCCCGCCUCAAACGCCUUAGAGAACUUGGACUUGGACAAUGCUCGCAUUGACUUCACUUCCAUAAUCGACGAUGCUGAGUCUUCUUCAUUUAGUCCAAUCAACAAUCACCUUCAGGGUCAGCCAGGAUUGUCCUCCCAGGCGUCUUCCCGACUCACCACCCCACAGACUACUAGCCUGUCAAACAUGGCAGUUGGUGACAUGACGUCCAUGCUCACCUCUCUAGCUGGGGAGAACAAGUAUCUGAACACUCUGUCUUAA